CCAUCUUAACCACAACAAUCGAGCCACGUAAAGCCCUCCGGUAAAACGAUUGAAAAACUUGACAGAUCUCUCAUAUACUACGAACGAAUGAUGAAUGAGACGUAAAAUAUAGAUAUGGUGCUUCAUAUUUUGCGGGACACUGGUUUCAAAGGAUAUCAGAUGCGAUCGUAAACACAAAUACAAUCUCGACGAGACGAAAAAAAUAUGGCUUCUAAUUUUGGUAAUGGCAACGUUAUCGUUGUGAAGGAUGAUUCUUUGUUUGAUAUUGAGAUGGAUAGAGCAGGAAAGAGACUUGUGGUGGUAGAUUUUACAGCCUCUUGGUGUGGUCCCUGUCAAAGGAUUGCUCCAGUCUUUAUGCAACUCAGCAUGAAGUACAUGUCUGUUGUCUUUCUCAAGGUUGAUGUUGAUCAGUGCCCAUUUACUGCUGAAUCACGUGGUAUUCGUGCAAUGCCUACUUUUCAUUUCUAUAAAAACAAAAAUAAAAUCACAGAGUUGAAAGGAAGUGACCCAUUGACCUUGGAGAAAAAGAUACAAGAAUUGUCAACUAGUGAAGAUAAUAACUUUAUUCCUGACCCUAAAAGAGUGAGUACUGGUCGUAGCUGGAGUUGCUUCAAAGAACUACAAGCUAAUGAGGAUAAUGUCUUCAUGGAUAUUUCUCAAAUUAUCCUCAAGUUUGCAAAUAAUAUCAUCAAAUACCCAGAAAACCAGAAAUACAGGUCAAUCCGGAUUGGCAACAAGAUAUUUCAAGAAAAACUACUGCCUGUCAUGGGAGGGGUGGAGUGCUUAUUUGCUAUGGGCUUUGAAGAGCAAGAUGAUCAUUUGGUCUUUCCUACCACAACUUCCAUCGAUGCUCUCAUAACACUGAGGGACACUAUCCAGGAUGAAAGGAUGAGAAAAACCUCCAAGAAUGUGCAAGUCUCAGCUUGUAGUGGACUGACAUUACCUUCAUCAUCACAAGAGACAAAACAAAAUGUUCCGAAUAACACAGAAAAAAUCCCACUUUCUCCCACUUCAAAUGGAAUGACGGUGUCUCAGAUGCAGUUUUAUGCAAAACUGAAAAGUUCAUUAGACCAUGUGAUGAUCUAUGAAGACUUGGACCUACAGCGACGUGCUUGCGCUAUGAUACCUGUUGAAGACCUUGAAAGUAAAGCACACUCCAUGAGCCAAAAAUCAAAAGAUGGACAGAAUAAAGGAAUCGAUGUAAGGGAUUGCUUAAUACUUGCUUUGCUCCACUGGUUUAAAAAUGAAUUUUUCCAGUGGGUGGACAAGCCUUACUGUGACAGUUGUAAAGUCGUGGGUCAGUUUCAAGGCAACGUCGCGCCAACAUCGGACGAGGAGUACUGGGGAGCAGGGACUGUUGAGAACUACCGUUGUCCAAAAUGCCAGCAUGACAUCCGCUUCCCAAGAUACAACCAUCCGACCAAGCUCCUUGAGACUCGCCGCGGGCGUUGUGGAGAAUGGGCCAACUGUUUCACGCUGUUAUGCCGUACCUUAGGAUACGAGGCACGUCACGUGGUGGACUGGACAGAUCACGUGUGGACUGAAAUUUUCUCUGAAUCUCAGCAAAGAUGGUUACACUGCGAUUCGUGUGAGGGGAUAUGUGAUAAACCAUUGCUCUACGAGGCUGGGUGGGGAAAGAAGCUCUCCUACGUCAUAGCAUUCUCACGUGAUGAGGUGUUUGAUGUGACGUGGAGGUACUCCGGCAAUCACGACCUCGUACGGCAUCGACGUAAAGAAGUACCCGAGCAAUGGCUUCUGAACACGACUAUGAAAAUGACAGAACAGCUUCAAAAGGAUUACCCUCAGGAACGUCGUCAGAUGCUCCAAACACGUACUAUCACAGAAUUAUUUGAAAUUAUGACGUCAAAGAAGGCGACUGAAGAAGAACUACAAGGUCGAACCUCGGGUAGCCUGGCCUGGAGGAGGAUAAGAGGAGAACUGGGCGUAGACUCUGAUAACAAGUUUUCGCCGUAUGUUUUCAAACCUACACCAAAGGAGAUCGCAGACAAAAGAAUACGGAUUCGCUACUGCCCAGCCUUGGAUGGCUAUUACCGCUGUCCAGACAACAGGAUCUCCGCGGACACCAGUUCUGAUAUAGCUGGAUGGAAGAAUGGUGCGAGUGCUGUUGAGUCGGUGUUUCGUAAAGUGGAAAACGACUGGAAAAUGGUUUACCUUACAAGAAAUGAAGGCAGCGAAUUGGGGUCAAUAUCUUGGAAAGUUGAUUUAACAAGUUCGGAUCAUAUCAUAGAUGCCGUCACUAUCGUUGCUACCAGCAGCACAUUUGAGAACGGAAAAGUGGACUGGAUGGUCUACGGUGACGAUGUAGAACGCCAGUGCUCCGUGUUAAAUGGAGGUUCGGCGCCACAAACAUUACAUAGUCUUUGUGGAUCCAAAACACUGACCUUAACAGCAAGACUGAGUGGUGGGAUAGGAGACGUUGCUUGGCAACACGCGCAACUCUUUCGUCAGUCUGUGCUCAUCCAUGAUGAAUAUCCACUACAAAUCGAUAUCAAGAUAAAACCUGCCCAGUAACACUGUUGAUGACUGAAGAAAAUAAUGCAUGGCAUCUUUAUUGCAAUAGAAAUCUUUUGAAUCAUAGAAAACCACAGGAAGCCCACUUUUGCGAUUCGAAAUCGAAUAAAUAUGUUAUACAUUUCA